AUGAAAGACAAGGUCGGUAUCGUAGUUGAGAUGUUUAUAUCUUGGCUGGUAUUGCUUUUCGUGUCUGUCUCAAUAUUUGAAUAGGUUUUUGAGGAUUCGACAAUAUAAUACUAGGGUUGUAUGUUGUUAUGUGGUUUAAAACACAGUUUUACUUAUUUUUUUGAUACUUUGAAUCUAAUUUAUCAAGAAUUGUUACCUAAAAUCUUUUUUAUCAUGACCUAUUACUUAAAAAAUUACUUUUUAAAAGUUUUUGUAUCUAAACAACCACCUUUAUUACCUGAAAAUUAAUUUUUUACCUAAGAACCGUUUUUUCAUAAUUAUUGUUACCUAAAAUACAUUUUUUUUUGUUUUUAAAUCUAAAAACCUUAUAUUCAAACCUUUUGCCACUAAAAUCAUGGUUACAGAAUGUUGAUACUGAUAGAGAAGAACGCUCUGAAAACCGCUCCAUUCCCCGUCAAAUGAUCCGAAUCCGAAGAACGAAGGUAGAUGACGACUACAUCAAGGUAGAGCUACGGUACGUGUCGUAUCAGAAGACGGACAAAACGGACGACACCGACGAAGAUGUCACCGCUAAAGUACUGUCACACCUCUUCUCCAAGUACCAGGAGAUGAGUGCCAAACAGAAGAAGCGAUUCAUCGAACAACAACCUCAACAUACCCAGACCACCAUCCUUCAAAUGGCCAAAUACGACGAUUUAAACCAAUAA